CACAUGCCCCGCGAGCCCGCCCGCUUAAAAGGCUGUGCCGAGGGCUGGCCAGCGAAGCUCCGCCAGGGGAAAGUGAAAGUUUGCCUGGGUCCUCUCCGCGCCGCCACCGCGGUUCUCUCCGCAUCCCGGGACAGCGGCGCGGCCCUCGAUCGGGGCUCGGAUUCUGCAGCAGCCAGCGAGCAAGCAAGCGAACCAGCGAGCGCGGCCGACGCGCCCGGCCGGGACCCAGCUGCCCGUAUGACCGCGCGGGGCGCCGCCGGGCGCUGCCCUCCCACGACAUGGCUGGGACCCUGGCUGCUGCUGGUCUGUCUCCUGGUAAGCAGGAGUAUUGCCGAAGAGGUGUCAGAGCACUGUAGUCACAUGAUUGGAAAAGGACACCUGCAGUUCCUACAGCAGCUGAUUGACAGUCAAAUGGAGACCUCGUGCCAGAUUGCCUUUGAGUUUGUAGACCAGGAGCAGUUGGAAGAUCCUGUGUGCUACCUUAAGAAAGCAUUUCCCCUGGUGCAAGACAUAAUGGAGGAUACCAUGCGCUUCAAAGACAACACCCCCAACGCCAAUGCCAUCGUGCGGCUUCAGGAACUCUCUCUGAGGCUGAAGAGCUGCUUCACUAAGGACUACGAAGAGCAUGACAAGGCCUGCAUCCGAACUUUCUAUGAGACUCCCCUCCAGUUGCUGGAGAAGAUCAAGAAUGUGUUUAAUGAAACAAAGAAUCUCCUUGAAAAGGACUGGAAUAUUUUCAGCAAGAGCUGCAACAACAGCUUUGCUAAGUGUUCCAGCCAAGAUGUGGUGACCAAGCCUGAUUGCAACUGCCUGUACCCUAAAGCCACCCCUAGCAGUGACCCGGCCUCUGUCUCCCCACACCAGCCCCUCACUCCCUCCACAGCCCCUAUGACUGGCUUGACCUGGGCUGAUUCUAAGGGGCCAAAAGGCAACUCCCUCUUGCCCAGUAAGCAGCCCCUUCGCAAAGUGGACCCAGGCAGUGCCAAGCAGCGACUACCCAGGAGCACCUGCCAAAGCCUGGAGUCAACAGAGACCCCAGGCCUCCAGGACAGCCCCACUGAGAGUUCACCACAGAUUCACCCUUCUGCUGAGACCCUCAUCCCUGAAGUGGAGGAUAUUCUUGACUCUCUACUGGGCACUAACUGGGACCCAGAAGAGGCCUCUGGAGAGGCUCGUGAGGGUCUUGUGCCCCAAGAGGCAGAGCUAUCCCCCUCCAAGCCAGUAGGGGGCAGCAUCCAGGCAGAGACCACCAGACCCAGCCACCUCCUCUCAGCAUCUUCGCCACUUCCAACAUCAACAGAGGACCAACAGCCAGCAGAUGUACCAAGCACCCCGUUGCUCAAGAUGGACCCCAUGAGAGCCACUGGCCUGACUCAGAAUCACACUCCUGAGAAGACAGAUGGUUCAUCUACCUUGCCCAGAGAUCACCAGGAGCCAGGCUCUCCCCAGACCUCAUCACUGCACCCGCAAGGACUGGACAACCCUGCUACCCUCUCUGCUCAGUCACAGCCUCCUGGAAGCCACUCCCGGGGCUUUGUGCUGCCCCUUGGAGAGCUGGAGGGCAAGAGGAGCACCCGGGAUCGGAGGAGCCUCACAGAGCUGGAAGGAGGACGAACAAGUGAGGGGGCAGCCAGACCCCCAGCCCACUUUAACUCCGUUCCUUUGACUGACACAGGCCAUGCGAGGCAGCAUUCAAGAUCCUCCGACCCCCAGCUCUCGGGGUUUGUCUUCCACCUGCUGGUGCCCAGCAUCAUCCUGGUCUUGCUUGCUGUCGGUGGCCUCCUAUUCUACAGGUGGAGGCGGAGGAUCCAUGGAGAGGCUCAGACAUUGGAUUCUCCUAUGGGGCAGCCAGAAGGCAGCCCCCUGACCCAGGAUGAGGACAGACAGGUGGAACUUCCAGUGUAGAGAGAAUUCUAAGCUGGUUGCACAGGACCAUCUCCCCAUGAGAGGAGAAUGUGAUAGGGACAUCGACCGUCACUGUUCUUGGCUGUCCUCCUGGGAAUGUGGCCUGCCCACCACCAACCAGAGCUCCUGCCUGCCAGGACUGGAUCAGAGCAGCCAUGCUAGGAUUCCUCCACCUUGACCCUUAGAUCCUCAACUGACUGAAAGAGGGCUGGAAGAUGAACCCCACGCUGCCGCUAUUUAUUGUGGGCCCUGGAGGCCCCCUUGUGCUUGAGGAAGGCAGGCAAGCUGGGCUCAGGACCCUGUUCUUUAGGGGUUGCACCCUCCUCUUACUUUCCUACAAGCCAGCUCCUGGCCUGUGGCAUGUGGGAGACCAGAGUGGGUGCUGAGGAAUGGAAGAGCCCUGCACCCAGAGGAGCCAUCUGGUGCCAAGGAUUCCCCAUAUGGACAGGCAGGGACCUGUCCCCAGGGAGAGGAGCCUGAGAUUCAUGGGGCGGGACAGCGUUCACCUGAUUUCCCGUAAAGGCGUGCAGCCCAAAAGACAGGAAGAGGAGGCCUCUGGCUGUUUGCUGACAGCUCUGAGGGGUCUUUCUACAUCCUCUACUUGCCUAAGUGCCCUCUGCUGGUCACCGUACAGUGAGGAGUGGCCAACCCUGCCCUCAGGACCUGCCUGACCUGGCUCUGGAUGCCAAGAGGAGGACCAAGCUCUGGCCUCUGCUCUUCCCUCUCUCCAGCCCCUGCCAGUGCUUCUCUGGGAGGCCCGGCAGAGGCUCUUCUCAUGAAGGAAGCCAUUGCACUGUGAAGACUGAACCUGCCUGCUGAACGGCCUGCCCUGUCCCACCCUCAUGAUCAUCCUUUCCAAUGUCCUUCCGCCCCUCUCCCCAGCUUCCUGCCCUGAGCUGGCCUCAUCUGCUGACUGGGGGAGCCCCUGAGCCCUGACCUUCCCCUGUCCAGCCUCUGACUCCCCCAGGGUGGAGCCGUGGAGAGCUGCAGGGCCCCCAGCCGGAGCUGGUCUUCGGGCUGUGUUGGUUGCCCAGGUUUCUGCAUUUUGCACUUUGACAUUCCCAAGAGGGAAGUGACUAGGGGGAGGGGGAAAGAGGAGGCAGAGGUAGAGAGGUCACAGUAAGAGCUCUGACUGAAAAUGGGUUUGGAAAUAUGGGUGUGCCCUGAGAUUGGGAGAGGUGUGUGCACCCCGGCCUGUCAGCCCAGUCUCCUCCCCUGAUGCCUGCAGCCUGGAGCUGGCAGGCUGUCCCCAUCAUCCAGCCCUACCAGUAUAACUCUGAAUUCCCAUCCUCUCUGGCUCUUCCUUCUCCCACCCCACCUCCACCCCCAGCAUCUCUGGCCAGGCCCUCCAGGGCUGGGGAGGGACCAGGAGAUCAAGCAUCUGCUUCCAACUGUGCUCUGAGGGCUUCCUGGGCCAGCCCCUGGCUGUGGCUCUGAGACCUGGGCAAUGGGUUAUCGGGCUGUCACUUGCCCCUCAGUCCCCUUAUGCUGCUGUGUCCCUCCUUUCUUGCCACCCCAGACCCUCCACUCAGAGAACCUGCUCUCCCCAACUGUUGGACUCAUGUCCUUCCCUUCUUGCCAGAGAGAGGGAGGGUCAUCAGGCAGGCCCUGCCACCCCUGUCCUGAUGCUGAGGGAAGGGCAGCAAAGAACUUUCUGGUAGGGCUUAUCCUUCUAGUCACAGACUCUAUAUUCCACGCUAGAAAAUACGUAUUUUUAAAUGGAAGGAAAAACACAGAAAGAAAGGCAUUUCUCCACUACCCCUCCACCUUAAACACAGAGUAUUUUUAAAAGGCAAAUUCAACCCAUUGCAGAAGCUCUUUGUGGGCACUUGGUGACACCAGCGCAGGAGGAACCCCAGAGCCACCUCUGGGUGCCCCCUCCACCUGCACAGGAACCCUUCUUUCCUCUGAAAAAGCCCAGAGGGACCAUUGGCUCACGAACUGUGAGACUGCGUUUUUAUACUUGGAAGUGGUGAAUUAUUUUAUAUAAGGUCAUUUAAAUAUCUAUUUAAAAAAUAGGAAGCUGCUUAUAUAUUUAAUAAUAAAAGAAGUGCA